AUGCUCGCUGUUUCUGUUACUAUACUAGGAACCUGUUUGUUCCUACAGAAAUUCAAGAAGCUAAGAGCAACUGCUAAUCAGCUGCCACCAGGACCGCGUGGCCUUCCGAUAGUGGGCUACCUCCCAUUUUUAGGGCGAAAUCUUCACCAAUUGUUCAUGGAAUUGGCACUAACUUACGGUCCAAUCUAUAAGCUGUCAAUUGGACGGAAGUUAUGUGUCAUAAUAAGCUCUCCAACAUUGGUGAAAGAGGUCGUACGUGACCAAGACAUAAUAUUUGCCAAUCGGAAUCCAACUAUUGCAGCAAAAACUUUCUCAUAUGGUGGAAAGGAUAUUGCAUUUCAACCAUAUGGUCCCGAGUGGCGCAUGCUCCGAAAAAUAUUCGUGCGGGAGAUGCAAAGCAAUGCAAAUCUUGACGCGUUUUAUUCUCUGAGGAGAAAUAAGGUCAAGAAGAGUGUUAACGACGUCUUCAGAAAAAUUGGCGAACCUAUUAAUAUUGGAGAAUUGGCAUUUUCAACUGUGAUCAAUAUGAUAUCAGGUAUGUUUUGGGGUGGUACGUUAGAAGGAGACACAGAUAUUGAUAUUGGGACCAAGUUUCGAUCGGCAGCCUCAGAACUUGUUGAGAUAUUGGGAAAACCAAAUGCCUCAGACUUCUUUCCAGUCCUUGCAAGAUUUGAUGUACAAGGAAUAGAGGGGGAAAUGAAGAAGGCAACACAAAAGAUCGAGAACAUUUAUGAUUUUGUCAUAGAUGAAUGGAUUAAAAUGGACAUCUCAAGAGUUGAAGGUGAAAAAAAUAAUCAAAGAAAGGACUUCAUGCAUUUCCUAUUGGGGUUUAAAGAACAAGACAGUGGCAGAUCAAUUUCACGAGAACAAAUUAAGGCUAUGCUUAUGGACAUCGUGGUCGGCGGCACCGACACAACCUCGACUACAGUCGAAUGGGCAAUGGCAGAAAUGAUGCUCCACCCUGAAGUGAUGAAAACUGCCCAGAAAGAAUUAACAGAAGCGGUGGGCAUCAAUGAAAUUGUUGAAGAAUGCCACAUUGAAAAGUUACAAUUCUUGCUUGCAGUUGUGAAGGAGACUUUAAGAUUGCACCCAGUAGCCCCACUGUUAUUACCCCGUUCCCCAUCUAAGACUUGCUAUGUUGGGGGAUACACAAUACCAAAGAGUUCGAAAGUUUUCUUGAACGUUUGGGCUAUACAUAGAGAUCCUAAAUUUUGGGACAGUCCGUCAGAAUUUCAACCAGAAAGAUUUUUGAGUGAUAUUAAUAAUAAAUUGGAUUAUUCUGGGAACAAUUUGCAAUAUCUUCCAUUUGGAUCCGGUAGAAGAAUUUGUGCGGGGCUGGCUUUGGGCGAAAGGAUGCUCAUGUAUUGUUUGGCCACUUUCUUACAUAUGUUCAAGUGGGACUUACCAAAUGGCGUCAAGGCUGAUACAUCAGAGAAGUUUGGGGUUGUCUUGGAGAAAUCAACUCCUCUAAUUGUCAUUCCAACACCCAGAUUGUCCAACUUAGACCUCUACGCAUAA